CAGAUGCCUCACAAUGAAGGGUUCCACACAAUGGGCUCCAAUGAGCCUCGCGAGAAAAUUCCUGGUGACGCGAGACGUGGUGCGCUGUAUAAAUAAACGGCCAACUCUCUGUAGAAUUACUGUAACACGUAGGCUUCAAUAUUUAUCAUUUGCUUAUAACAGUCGCAGCUUUCUCUAUUCCCAAUGCACCGCUGCCAAUUGCUUUUGGGAGCUCUUGGGCUCUCAAACAUCGUUCACGCCGCAUCAACGUUGCUCUCAGGCGGCACAAUCAUUGCAUGGGACGACAAUGAGAACUAUUUACGUAUAAUCCAAAAUGGUUCUGUAUUAAUCACGAACGAUCGUAUCGCCAAUGUGAAUACAGAUCCACUACCAUCCAAUUUGCCGUCUGGCACAACGGUUGUGGACAUAUCAAAUCAGAUCUUAACUCCUGGAUUCAUUGACACUCAUCGCCAUGGGUGGCAAACUGUCUUUAAAACCAUUGGAUCAAAUACAUCGCUUACCGAAUACUUCAAUCGUUACGGAGAGUAUUUUUCAGCAGACAAGUUCACAGCAGACGAUGUGUACAUUAGCCAGCUUGCUGGCAUCUAUGAAGCCAUGAAUGGCGGAGUGACAACAAUUCUUGAUCACGCCUCACACACUUGGUCAGCGGAUACAUCUUACGCCGGACUCAAUGCAUCCGUCGAUAGCGGAGCUAGAGUUUUCUGGGCCUUUACUUUUCACAAUAUAACAUCGCUGAACUACACGGCAGAGGAUCAGUUCCCACUCUUUCGGGAGAUGGCCGAAAAUAAAAAGGCGCUGCUGGGUAAUUCUCCUGCUGAACUAGGCAUCGCAUAUGACUACUGGGGACCGAACCCAGAUGUCAACGAAGCCCAGACUGUUGCAGAUCUUGCCAAGGAGUUUAAUGUCUCGGUUGUGACAACACACUCUCUUGCUGGACCAUGGGGAUUUAGCAACCUUGCAUCCCAAGUUCAACGAUUUGAUCUUUUGGACGGAUCUAUCCCAGUCGUCUUCUCGCAUUCGAGUUUCAUAACCGCAGAUGAUUUACAGCUCCUUCGUUCCACCAACCAAUACAUCUCCAUCACGGCGGAGUCAGAGAUGCAGUACGGCCAUGGUCAUCCUCACUCGUACUAUGCGCAGGACCAAGCAGCACUGGGGAUUGAUACACAUUUUACCUAUUCCUCAGAUAUCUUGACGCAGGCUCGUAUGUGGCUUCAAUCCGCAAGGCAUUACUUCUAUAACCAAGUCUUGGAGAACUGGAAUGUGCCGACAUAUAACCCUAUGAGCGUCAACCAGGCAUUUUUGCUAGCCACUCGGUCUGGAGGACUAGCUCUUCGGCGCCCAGAUCUUGGUGUUAUCAAAGUCGGCGCCAAAGCUGAUUUGGUAGUCUGGGAUGCAGAAAAUUCGCCUUCAAUGCUGGGAUGGGAAGAUCCCGUUGCAGCAAUUAUUUUACACGCUAAUAUUGGAGACAUUUUGCACGUACUGAUCGAUGGCAAAUUUGUCAAGAAGGAUAAAAAAUUGGUAAAUGGCGAAUAUCCUAAGAUUCGAAAGAACUUUUUGGAAGCGGCAAAGAAGAUUCAAAAAAUGUGGAAAGGAAUUCCAUAUCCGACGUAUGAGGGAACAUUCACAAAUGGCUAUUCUUACGGAAAACCACAAGCCGUCGAUGUGCAGAGAGGGCCAGAUACAGGAUAUGGCACUCAAUUUUUAUAAUCCACACUGAGACAUACAGCCAUUAAAAGCGGCUAUAUAGUACAAGCAAGCAAAUACUAGAAGAUAAUAACACUAAUUUAAAUAAAAGCAUAUACUUAUUUU